AUGCUGGCGAUUCGGGUGUCUCGACACCUCAGCGCCUGCCCGCGGUGCGCGCCGAAAACGCCGUUCAUCACUUUUUUCUUGUCUUUGCAACUCUCUGCAGGUCCCCCUUCUUUGCUGCUUCGGGGGCCCCCCACUUGCUGCAGUGGGGGCCCCCAGCAGCAGCAGCAGCAGCAGACAGGGGCCCCCGUUGCGAGGCCGCAGACUGCUGCUGCUGCUGCUGGCCCGGCGAAGGCGGCCCCAGAGGCCCUGCUGCAUGCAGCGCCUGCUGCUGCUGCUGCUGCCGCUGCUCAGCAGCAAAAAGCCCCUCUUGUGCCUCACCGGAAGUUCAAAAUGGCCUCGGCAGCAGCAGCAUACUACGAGCUCUACAAGCCCUCGAGGGGGGCCCGUGCUGCAGCAGCAGCAGCAGCAGCAGCAGCAGCAGGCACGGGCGCAGCAGGCCAAGGCUACCUCUGGCAGCUGCCGCAGCACGCGUGGGCCCCUCUGGGCCUUUUGCUGCUGACGGGCCCCACAGCUGCGGAGUUUGACUCCUUGGGGGAUGAAGAAUGGAUUUCCGUGCAGCAGCAAAGCAGCAAACUUGCUGCAAAAGAUGCUGCGCAGGAAGAAAUACAUUUGACAGAAAAACAAAAAAGAAAACAAGCUUUAAGUCUCGCGGCCCAGCUCCGCAGCGCAUGCAGCUCGGGCCGCCGCCUGGACGCCUGCAGGGUACCUGUGGGGCCCCCGGGGGGCCCCCCGAAGGGGCCCCCCUGCAGCGAGGGGGCCCCCCAAGGGGGCCCCCCUCUGCCUGGGGGGGCCCCUGAGGGGCCCCUUGGCCCUCGGGGGGCCCCCUGGGGGCCCCCCGGGGGCCCCCGAGCAGCGCCUGCUGGCGGCUGCGUCUUGCUUUGUGUGUGGAUUAAUUUGAGCGACUGCCUCCGCUGCUCCGCCUCGCGAGAGUCUCCCGUCUCCUUCUCUCUGACUUCUGCUGAGGCCUUCGUGCUGCAGCAUUUGCUGCCGCUCUCCUUCCCGCUGCAGCACGUGCUGCAGCUGCUGGCAGCAGAGGGGCCCCCCCUCACUGCUGUGGCGCGAGCCACCAUAGCUCGCUUGUCUCAGCCCGAGGGGCCCCCGCCGGGGCCCUGGGGGCCCCUGGGGCCCUGGGGGCCCCUGGGGGCCCCCGGGGCCCCCGGAGCCCCCGGCGGGGCCCCCGGGGCCCCCGGGGCGCUGGGGCCCCCGGGGGCCCCCGGGGCCCCGGGGGCCCCCCCUGGGGCUGGGGAGCCGUGCAGGCCGGUGGCCGUGGGGGCCCCCCCUGGGGGGUCGUGGGGGCCCCUGGUGGGUACUGUAAUGAGGGCAACAGACAGGGAAGAGUGGAGACACUUUUUGGGUUUUGCUGCUGCGCUGCUGGAGACGGCUUUGCCGGCGGGUUUGUUGCAGCAGCUGUGGGAGGGGACCCUGGGGGCCCCCGAGGCCCCGCAGCAGCAGCAGCAGCAGCAGCAGCAGCAGCCGUCGGUGCUGCUGGAGCAGCAGCAGCAGCAGCACCGGCAGGAGCGGCAGCGGGGCCGGCUGUGGCUGCAUGCAGUGGAAGCUGCGCUGCUGCAGGGCCCCAGCAUCUGCGGCUGCUGGGGCUGUUUGCUGCACUGCGCGGAGGCCCCUGCUGCUGCUACGGUGUCUAGACACUUCGACUUUGCUGCAGCAAAGGGCUGGAGGGUCAAGGCCGACCCCGCGCUGGACGGCAGCGGCACAGCAGCUUUCGAGCAGCUGCUGCUGCGCGCCUACCGCAGCAGCAGCAGCAGCAGCAGCAGCAGCAGCAGCAGCAGCAGCGGCAGCAGCAGCAGCAGCAGCAGCAGGGCAGUGCAGCUGUGGGGUCCAGUUGGAUCCACUCCCUCGGGAUCGGAUCCCAGGGGAUCGUGGGGAGUUUGCGGCCGCCAGCCCCACUUGCUGCAGGCCCCACCAGCAGCAGCAGCAGCAGCAGCAGCAGCAGCAGCAGCAGCAGCGGGGGCGGGCUCUUCCGCCACCAACGCAGCAGCACAGAAAACUGCAGAAGCAAAAAGAGCAGCAGACGAGGCCCUGCUGCGGCUGGGGCCCCCGGGGGGCCCCCCCCCGCGGGGGGCCCCCGCUGCUGCUGCUGCUGCUGCUGCUGCUGCUGCUGCUGCUGCUGACACGGGGAAGCAAAUGGAGACACAAGAAAGAAGUUUGGAGACACAAAGUGAUGCUGCUGCUGAAGUUGUGUGGCCGCAGCAGCAGCAAAAUGACUGCAGAGCAGCAGCAGAUCUUCUGAAGUGUCUCUCCACCUGGAUCGAGCUGCCUCUCCCGAGCAGCAACUGGCUGGAAGACGCACGCGCGCCAAGUGCUGCUGCUGCUGCUGCUGCUGCUGCUGCUGAGGCUGCAGCAGCGGCUGCAGGGGCGGAAGAGGCAGCGGCAGCUGCAGCAGCAGCAACGUCGCCCGCAGCAGCUACAGCGCCGACGCCAGCAGCAGAGGCAGCAGCAGCAGCAGCAACGGAUAUGCCACGACUGGCGGAGGCAGCAUCUGCAUCGCCUCCUGAAGCAGGCAUGGCAGCAGCAGCAGCAGCAGAACCAGCAGCAGCAGCAGCAGAAGCAGCAGCAGCAGCAGCAGCUGCAGCAGCAGAGUCGGAAUACGACGAGGAUGCUGCAGCAGGAUUUGACUCACCAGGAAGCAGCUCGGGAGUGCGGCUGCUGCAGGGGCAGGGGACUUGUCUCCGUGUCUUUGCCGACGGCCACCCCAAGUUGCUGCUGUCCAACAGCAGCAGCAGCAGCAGCAGCAGCAGCAGCAGGAGCAGCAGGUGCAGCAGCAAUAGUGGCACGAGCUGCAGCACACCAACAGUGCAAGAACUGGCCGCAGCAGGCUCCGAAGCAAGCGGGUCUGGUGUCAUUCCUGGAUCUGCUGCUGCUGCAGCGACAGCAGCAGCAGCAGCAGCAGCACCAGCUGCUGCUGCUGCUGCUGCUGCUGCUGCUGCGCCUGCUGCUGCUGCCUCCGGCAUUUGGCCGCGUUUGCUGUCAGGGAAGUCUUGCGGGGGCAGCUUUUCGCUGUACUUAUCUGCAGACUUGAAAGUGGGUCUUUUAGGGUACUGCGGGGGCUCUCAAGAGUCGGGGGGGGCCCCCGGGGGCCCCCUGCUGCAGCAGGCAGCAGCAGAAGCGGAGGCAGAGGGUACUGGAGGCAUCUUUUGUGAUGAUCCUGGACUUGGCAAAACCCUUUCUCUUUUGUCUCUGGCAGUUGUCUCCAAGUCCCCAAUCCACAGGCCUCCCCGGGGCCUCUGGCCCCCGCGGGGGCCCCCAGGGGGGCCCCCGGGGGGGCCCCCGGGGGGCCCCCCGCAGGGGGGCCCCUCUGCCCCCCAGCAGCAACUUGAGAAAGGCCAAAAGAACUACUUGUGGAGAAUACCGGGAUCCGUUGUGGCCGCCCACUUUGAGGGCAUUAUCGACAAAGAGGCUGGCGGGGCUGAUGACAGCUUUUUGGGCAUAAAGAAUUUCUUCUGUUACGACGAGCCGCCGCGUCGCCCCGAGGCCACUUUGCCGGUGUUGGCUGCGGAGCGUUUGGCUGCGGAUUUGGGGCUGGGCCUUUUGUGCAGCGAGUGGCAGCUGCGGGGCAAAGAAAGCCCCAAAAGUCUCAAAGCCCGCAUGCAAAGAGUUUCUCGAGUUCUCCAGAUUGAAGCAAAUAUAUCUCGCCCCACACACCACGGCCUUCUCUUGGCUGCCCACAUGCAGGAGGCCUUCAGGCUUGCGCAGCUGCCCCAUCUCCACCGCCGAGAGACAGAGGGGCCCCCCGAGGGGCCCCCUGGGGGGGCCCCUGGGGGGCCCCUCGGGGGGCCCCCCGAGGGGGCCCCUGGGGAGCCUCCUGCAGGCCCCGCUUGGGGGGCCCCUGGGUGCCCCCGUGAAGAGGCCCCCGUGGAAUCUCCUGCAGGGCCCGCUGAGGGGCCCCCUGAGGGGCCCCGUGAGGGGCCCCCUGGGGGGCCCCCUGAAGGGGCCCCUGUGGGGUCUUCUGCGAAACCCCAGCGGGCCAAGCGGCGAGGGCGACCUAAGCAAGAGCAGCAGCAGCAGAUGGAAAGUCCUGAAGCUGCUGCUGCUGCUGCUGCUGCUACAACAGCCACGAGAAAGAGACGGAAGCAGGAGGCAGCAGCACCACCACCCGCAGCACCCGCAGCAGCAGAAGCAGCAGCAGCAGCAGCAGAUGCUGCAUGCGACAUUUCAUCUUUUGAAGAGAGUCCUUGCGGGCCUGGGCCCAAUGGGGCCCCCUCUGGGGUUUUUUGUGGAACACCUAAUGGGGCCCCCUGUGGGGCCCCCUGUGGGGUCCCCUGUGGGGCCCCCUAUGGGGCCCCUUCAGGGGCCCCCUAUGGGGCCCCUGAAGGGGCCCCUUCAGGGGCCCCUUCAGGGGCCCCUGCUUGCGUCUCUCCUGGCGGGUCUUUAGAGGGGGCCCUUGAGUGGGGCCCCCACUUCGAGGCCAUCCAGCUGCUCCUAUGCGGUCUUCUCCCCGCUGCUGCUGCGGAUCUCGCGGCUGCUGCUGCACCUGCUGCUGCUGCUGCUGCUGCUGCUGCUGCUGCUGCUUCAUGGGCGCGCGUGUGGGGGGCCUUGCUGCUGCAGGUGCUGGUGUUUGAACGCGCUGCGGAACUUGCUGCUGUUUCGCGCUUCGAAGUUGCUGCUAGUGAUGUGGUGGUGGUGACAACAAAUGUGUUGACAAAGGAGUUCAGCAGGUGUUUGGCGAAUCCUUUGGAGACUCCGGAGCAGCAGCAGCAGCUGCAGCAGCAGCUGCAGCAGCAGCUGCAGCAGCAGCAGCAGCGGCGCAAGCGCGGCGACCUGUUCCUCACGGGCGCAGCAGCAGAGCAGCGCUUCUGGGACCAGUUCAUUGCCCACGGGGAGCCCGACGCAGCAGCAGCAGCAGCAGCAGCAGCAGCAGCAGCAGACGCUGAGGAGCCGAGUUUGCUGCAGCGGCUGGCGACGACGAUGCCGCGGGAGCAGCAGCAGCAGCUGGCGUCUUUGCUGCGGCGGCGCAGCCGCCAGCCGCGCAGCGCGGCCGGCAGCUGCAGCAGCAGCAGCAGCAGCAGCAGCAGCAGCAGCAGCAGCAACGGACUUCUCUGCGCAAAGUCGCCGCUGCUCGGAGUUCACUUCUCCCGAAUUGCUGUUGAUGAGGGCCACCGCCUCAUCCACAGCGGCAGCUUGCACGUGCAGCUGGCCUGCGCGCUGAAGGCCGACAAACGUGUAGAGAUCGGCUGCAAGCUGCAACGGGUGUUCGGUUUUGAUCCGCUGUUGGAGAUUUUUUGA